ACCGGGGACAGGUGCGCUGUUCUCAGGGUUCGGUAUAAAGUCUUCUGCCCCACAGCAGUCCGCCACAUUCCUGACCAUCUCACGAGGAGGCAAGAAAAAAAUCACCAAAAAGAUGAAGACAGCUAUUUUGUUCCUGGCCCUUCUGGCUGGCGCCAAGGCCGACUUCUGGAGCGACCUGUGGGACGGCGUCCAGACCAACCUGCUGGACCCCGUGGUUGAUGCCGCCCAGCUCGCCGCCCAAGAGCUUGUUGACACCUACGUGCCCGUUCUCGGCCAGGCCGCCCAGCAGUUAGUGGGAGAAGCGGUACAAAGUGCCGGAGACGCGCUGACCAACCUCGUCUCCGGCAAGAGGAAGAGGCAGCUGCUGACUGAGCUCGGCCAGAUCAUCCAGGAUGGUUUUGACGGUCUGGCCGGGGCCGUGCAGCAGGCUGUUGACAGCGUGACUCAGACCGUCCAGGGCGAGCUCAGCAACCUCAUCAACGGGCUCACCGGGACCACCGGAUCCCGUGGAAAGAUGCUGAUCAGCGGUGUGAAGAGCAAGUUCACCAUCAGGAAGCGCAGCAAGGAGAUGCAGGCUAAGAUGGCUGGCGCUGUGCAGAAGAUGGCCCGUGCCCGCGGGUUCUUCGAUGACCUGACCGCCGCUGCCUCCUCCCUGUUCGCCCCCGCUAUCCAGCAGGCCCAGAACGCCUUCCAGACGCUGGUUGAUGCUGCCACCGCCACCGGCGCCGCCAUCCUGGACCACGGCAGCCAGCUGGUGCAGAACGUGCAGACCUCUCUGCAGCAGACCUACGACCAGAUCCUUGGUGUUACCCAGCCCUACAUCGAUGACGCCACGCAGAUCGUCGCUUCCAUCCAGAACCAGUUCGACACCCUGGUCGGCGGAGACGCCACCACCGCAUAAGCUGGUUACGCCACCUAGCGCUAUUCCUUUCGAACUGCAGAUAAAACGAGUGGACAACACCAAAUGGUAACAUCAACAGCGAGCCACAGUGAACAACUGAAAGGAAAUUAUCGUCAUUAAAUGUUGUGAAUCACA